GUGGUGUCGGCGCCCCCUGCGGUCUUGGGUCCUGAGGAGACGAAGCAGCUCUACGUCCGAGCAAAAGCAGCAGCGGAGCGGGUCGAGACGGCUCCGCCCCACGAGAAGGCUGCUGCUUGGCAGGAGUGCAACAAGACGUGGGACCAAGUGAUGGAGGCCCAGAAAGCCGCGAAGGAGGCUGCAAGACAUGAGUACAAGGAGGCUCAGAAAGCCCUGGCUGCCGUGGAGGCGGCGCCCGCCUCCCAGCGAGCGGCAGCAUGGAGAAAGUGCGAAGCCACCUGGGCAGCUGCUAUGGCCAAGGGCGCCUGA